GAUUUAAAUAUAAGAUGAUUUGAUAUACUUAACUCCUUCUGAGAAGUUGUAAAAGUUAAAUUUGUGUCACCUGUGUGCCAAAGAUUGUUUGUGGUGUCUGUAGAGACAAAGCGAGAAUGAGAGAGAUUGAGAGAGAGAGAGGGAGGGAAAAAAGAGAAAGAAAAUUUUAGAAACGCCUUGAAAGAAUUAUGCGAUCCAAAAAUGGACUGAAGGAAAUAGCGAGAGGAGAAGAAAAAAACCUUGUAUGCGAGUUUUAUCUUUAUGUAUGAAUUUCUUUAGAGAAUAGAUUCAAAGUUUUUACGCAAAGAAAAAGAAAAAUAAAAAUAUUCAACAAAUACUGACUGGUGAGAUUUAGUGUGUAUCAUUGAUAUGUUGACGCUUUUGUGUUAUGAUUUGUUAAAGCCAAUCAAAUUAAUUGAUGUACUACAUCUGAUAUAUACAAAGAAUAUGUGAAUGUUUAUAAUUUAAUGUUUAAGUGUAACAAUCAAGUAAUAUGGAGUUCGGCCCACGAUCACAAACAUCGAACUUUGUAUUGUGCAAUUUAGCAAAUGGAGCCAUUUCAAAUAUUGUCCAUUGGUCGGUGUUUUUUGUUAAAAAUUGUUGCAAUUGAGAAAUACACACCAUUUUACUGACAUUGUUGUUAUUAUUUUGGUGUUUAUUAUUAUUUUCUCUAAAAAAAAAACCAGAAAUUCGACCGAUGCAAAACAUGAACAAUUGAAUAAUGAUCACUGGCACUCAAGCGAAAACGAGAUAUGAACACCACCACCACCAUCAACAAAAACAGACGUGAAUUAUAGAAAAGAUAUGAGUUGAAGUGCAUUAUUGAAUUCAACCGACUAGCAUUCAGUUUUUUUUAUUAUUUCGCUCGUUCCAUUGUUUCCGAGGAAGAGAGAGAAAGGAAACAGGUCACACAAUCUAACUAUUAUUAAGCUUGAUCUGCAAAAUCAUAGCUAAUUAAAUCAUUUUUAUGAUUAUUACAAGGCGAUUUGUCUAAUAAAAAGGAGUUUUCCUAAUAUGCUUGUUCUUGAUCGAUGUUUUAAGUCAUUCAACCAAAAUGGAAUGUUUUAAAUUUCGAAGAAAAACGACGAAAUAUAUGGAAAAAUAAACAAUCAAAGAUAAACCGACGCGCCGCAUCAAGUGCUAUUUGUAUAUUGUAUUUCACCUGACAUCUGCUAUUGGUAGCAUUGUUAUUCUUGCUUUUUUUAUCACACACACUUAAUCUGGUAAAAUGUAAACAAAACCAUUUUAUCGUUCACAUUACAAUCAAAAGCGUACACGCUUGUUCGAAGUUUAAUAGAUCUUUCUGUAUGAAUAUUUAAAUUUAUUUGGGAGCGCGCGCGCGCGGAUGUGUGGUAAUUUCCAUGAGAUUACACUUUAUUCUCCUCUCUAACCUCAUCGUCAUUGUUAUAGUCAUAUCGUAUGCAAUUGUUAUAUCCCCACAGAAAUAAUUGCUGUAUAUUGUGACAGAGAAAACACAAUGUGUAAGAAAUUGUAUUGUAAUCGUUUGAUAAAAGUGAAGCUUAUUUGAAAAUCACCAUCGAAAUGUAUUACUUAACAAACUGUAGAUAUUUAUAGUUCGACGAGAAAAGAAUAUGCCACAGCACUAUUCAAAUCAAUAUGACUUCAUCAUGAAGAAGAAAUUGAAUACAUUCGCAACGGGAAUUUAUAUGGAUAAUAUGUAUUUAAUAUUUAUGUACCUGUUUCUGGGGAUUUUUAUCUGGUUGAUGUUUCCACGAAUACGAUUUUUUUUUCUUAAAUCAGCUUGUGCUGAAAGGCAUAUAAAAUCGACAAACCUUUUGCAAUACUCGCAGUUUUUAAUUGUCUAUUCAAUAUCGUUCAUCUUUUUCGGUUAAACUUUUGAAACGUAUUGCUUGCCUUCAGUAGCCGAGUUCUUUCGUACAUUUACAUUUGAUGAAAAAACGGUGACAUUUGCGAGGAAAAAUAACUACAUUUUCGCUUCUUAAAUAUCACAAUCCUGCAUAUUGACCAAACCAAUCGAUAUACGCAUGUGAAUCGUAAGAAUCAAAACAAAAAAAGAAAAAAAAGGUGCAGCUGGUCAACACACGUAAAUUGAAUACAAAAUAAGUGAAUAUUAGCACAAAUCUAAGUGAGAGAAGUCACAACGAAAAUAUCGAAAAGAAGUGACAAUAAAAAAAAGUACACAUCCACUCUGACUCGCGGCACAUCGAUAACGAAUAGAAAAAAACACUUUUAACGCUAUAAAUUACAGAAAACAGUAACUCUGACGAAUUCAGAACUCGCGCCGCGCGUUCAACUUCUUUCUUUAUUAUUUAAAUUCAGUUUAUUAAUUCCACGAACGAAACAUGACGUCUUCAUUAUUUAAACACUUUUUUACUGCCGUUUUGAUCGUUCAUUUAUCCAAUCACAUUAUUUUUGCUGAGCAUACAACAACAACAUCGACAACAACACCAAAAAGACAAUCGAACCGCUUCUUAUCUCAUCUGUUUCGGAAAUACGGCAGCCAUGGCACCAUAUCAUUUGAGGGAUUUGAACAUUUAAUGCAUCAACUGGGAAUCGGUGGAAUCGAUUUUCCCGAAAAGCAUACAUUAGACCAACAUCGACCAAGUGGUUACAAAGUACCCGAAGUUACAUUUGAUGAAGAAUCAACAACAUUACAAAACGAGAUUACGUACGAAACAACAACAACUACAGCAGCAGCAUCAUAUGCAGCCGGAAAUGAUGAUCAGCUCAUUAAAUUAAUUAAUACAUUUGAUAAUGAACAGAAAGAAGAUAUCUUUCGUACGAUGCACGAUCCGAAUCAUCGACAUCCACGACAUCGAGAUCAUUCCGGUUCAACAAGAAAAACAUGUCUGUCGCCGAUAUCAUUGAUACAAAUGUACAGUCCAGACGCAUUGAAUAAUACCCAUAAAAAUAAUCCAAUCUAUCGGUCAUCGUCCGAUUCGGUUGCAGCUGAACACCAACAUCAACAUCAUCAUCAACAUCAUUCCGAUGAUAAAAUUGAAGAUGCCGACCAUAGCAUAUCAAAUAUUCAAAUUACACCAACCGCAUUUAUGAACAUGUGCCCGGCACUGUUGGUGCAAAUUGAACAAGGUUCGUGUGCCGAACAAUUUACACCAGCGCCACGAAAAGAGGUCAAGGAUAUUACGCCCUUCGCAUGGAUUGCGGCAGUUGUGUCAAUCACGAUUAUAUCAUUAUGUGGAUUAAUUGGAAUCGCAAUGGUGCCUCUGACAAGAUUUUCUGCAUAUCAUGAAAUUUUACGUUUUAUGAUUGCCAUUGCGAUCGGAACAUUGGUUGGAGAUGCUUUGAUGCAUUUGAUUCCACACGCAUUAAUGCCACAUAAGCACUCGGCAUCAGAAAGUCAUGAGCAUGCGGAUAGACAUGAGCAUGUUGAUGUAGAUGAAACGGAGGCUGUUUGGCUGUGCGGUUUUGUCUUUUUAACAGCACUACUAAUGUAUUUCAUCGAAUCAUUGUUGCCAUUAUUAUCUGGAAAUGCUGGACACGGACACAGUCAUGGGGGUCACAUGCACGGUCCACCAUUAUCAAAUAAAGUUCAAGCCGAAACAAUUCAUAGUCCGGAUGAGUGUCAUCAACAGAGUGAAAAUGCAUCAAGCAAUUGUGGCAGUUGUGAGGAUCUUGAUAAUGAUCUUGAAAAUUCAAAGAAAAAUAACGAAGAAAAGGUGAUGGUAAAAGAUACAAAAGUCCGACCAAUGGGCUCUUUAACACCGGUCGCUUUUAUGGUUAUCAUUGGCGAUGGUUUGCAUAAUUUAACCGAUGGCAUGGCCAUUGGUGCAGCAUUCGGUGUUGAACCCGUAACUGGUAUGGCAACAGCGUUAGCAGUUUUAAUGCAUGAACUACCACAUGAACUUGGUGAUUUUGCACUUUUACUACAAACCGGCGUCAGUUUACGGCGUGCAUUCGUAUUUAAUGUUAUAUCAUCGGUGCUGAGUUUUAUCGGUAUGGUUUUUGGUCUAUUAAUUGUGAAUGCAAACGGUGAACUUGUUCGAUGGAUUUAUGCGGGAACAGCCGGUACAUUUUUGUACAUUGCACUUGCCGAUCUUGUACCCGAACUCAGUCGCGCCGAACAAUCCGUUAAAAUGACCAUUAUUCAAGCACUUGGAAUUCUAAUCGGUGGCAUUAUUAUGCUCCUUAUUGGUCUCAAAGAAGAUGAACUCCGCAUAUUAUUUCAAUAAAAAUGGUAUGGAAACUUUCCGUUUUGUAUACGAACGGUGAUGAAUGUAAUUUUGUUUAAGUGUUAUGUAUUAUAGUUUUCAACAUCUCUUUUGUGUUUAAGAUCGCUUUUUAAUUUAUAUACAAUAAAUGAAACGAAAUGCAAAUAAGAUAUAACACAGUGAUGCUAUACAAUUUUCAGCCAUUUUCCAACAUAGUAGACGAGUAAGAUUUUAGUUGAUAAAUAAAACGCAAUUUUAGAAUAGUUUUCUAA